AUGGUAUUCCACAGUGAGCUGGAUGCCAUUCUAGGCGAAAAACGAUCUAUAAAUCCUGAGUUCUUGUGGGAGGGCAACGAUGCAUCAGAGAACACGGGCGCAAGUUUAGAUGGAGCUUCAGACUUAGAACAGUCCGCUGCAGAUGAUAUUCCGAGCUGCCCCUCAGUUAAAAAAAGAAAAACUGCACCUGAUAGUUUGGAAACCAAACUUUCUGAUAUGGCGGAGGAGAGGAAGGCAUACAUCGAAGAAAUGUUGGAGUUUCUAAAGAAAAAAGAGGAAAGGGAAAAGAGAAAGGAAGAAAGAGAGCAAAUAAAGCUCAAAAUUUUAGAAGCAAUUGCAAAAAAGCAUUGCUAA